UGCCAAUUAUGUAGGCCUGACAUUUAAAAUGCUAAGAUGUAUUAUACCAGUAGAUUAUUGUAGAAAUAUCUUAUGCAAGGAAAACUAUGUAAAUCAAGAUCUAUAUUUGUUUAAUAGAUUAUAAAAAUAUGGAUGGAUCUUUUCAUCAAGAAAAACUUAGCCAGUGUUUGGAAGGCAUUGCUGGAGGACAAGUAUCCCUAAGUAAUUCUGUUGAAAAAGGUCAGAGUGUGCAUGCAGCAAAUGAAAGUUCCUUGGAUGGAAAUGACUCAGCAGAACAGUCUGAUCAAAUUAGCAUGACUACAACAUCAAGCCUAGAAACCAAAGGAGAUACAGUUGACAUCUUGAUUGGUGCAAAAGCAAAUGAUAAUUCUGCUCAGCCGAAAGAAGAAAGUAGAAACAACAACCAAAAAGAUGAUUGUAAAAAAGAGGAAGAUGAGGACGAGGACGAGGAAGAAAUUUUUUGUAUAUGCAGAACACCUGACAUUGAUAGGUUUAUGAUUGCAUGUGAUAACUGUAUGGAGUGGUUUCAUGGCGACUGUGUGGGUGUUGAAAACAAACGAGCUGCAAAAAAAAUUAAGGAGUGGUAUUGUCAAAGAUGUUUAGACGAAAAAAGUGAUUUACAGAUCGUUUACAAGAAAAAGAAAGAACGAAACAUGGAUGAUGAAGACAAGGAUAAGCAACAGCAGAAAAGAAAAUCAAGACAGUGUGGUGAAUGUCCAGCAUGUGUUCGAAAAGAGGACUGUAGUAGAUGUGAUUUCUGUAAGGAUAUGAAAAAGUUUGGUGGACCUGGGAAAUUACGUCAAAAGUGCAGGAAGCGACAGUGUCAUUUGUUAUCGCGUGUGAGAAAAAGAGAAUCUGAGAUUGCAAUGAUGAAAAAUUUUCCUGAAAAAGUAAAACGAACACAAGAAGAUAUUGUUACUUCCAUCAAAACAGAGCAUCAGUACACAAGAUCAACAAUAGGUGACGCACAAGAUACAACAAGCAAAUUCACAACAUCUGUCAAACCAAGCAUAAGCAGUUUGCUUGAAGCUAUCAGUGAGGAAGAAUCACAUUCUCAGCAGGCCACACAACAACAGUACAUGUCUGAUCAUUGUUAUUCCAUGUAUGGAGCACCUCCACAACUACCAAACAGUCAGUCUAGUGAUAAUUCAACAACAGAAGUUGUGAAAAAGAAGGCUUUAAAAGUAAAAAGAGCAAGUGGCAGCAGGAGCUUGCCUAAAAGUAAAAGCAAAAACCAUCCUAGCACUGUGUCAAAACCAGCAUUUGCUCCGAAAAGGGAAAAAGAAAAAGAGAACCGUAGAAACUUUACAAAUAAACUGCAACCAUUAGAAAGGUUUAGUACAAACAGAACAACAAGAUCUUCUAGAAAAGAAAAAGAAAAGGGAAGUCCACCUCGACAAUGUCUGGGCCCAGGAUGUGUUAAUGCGGCACGACAAGCGUCAAAGUAUUGCAGCAAUGAAUGUGGUGUCCAACUACAAAUAAGGCGAUUACAAGUUAUUCUCCCUGAAAGAAAAAAGACUGGUAAAGAAAGUAGUUACUAUGCCAACAAGCUUUGUGAAGAUAAAAUAAAGACUCUUAGAGACACACAAAAGAAAUGUCAAGACACAUUACUGGAACUUGAUAAUGAAUGUAAGAGAUUAGAAGAGAUGUUGGAAGAAUCACAAGCACUUUCGCCACUGGAAGAAGAGGAAAACGAGGAAGAGGAAAGAGACAGCGAUUUAGAUCUGACAACAUAUUGUGUUUCAUGUGGUGUCCCUCUCGCACCAAGGAUUGCGUUCAGACACAUGGAGAAAUGCUGGUCAAAGUUGGAAUGUCUCAUGUCAUUUGGUGCAUUGAUGAAAAGUGCAGGAAACUUAUUUUGUGACACAUACAUGAACCAACAAGGUACAUACUGCAAGAGACUAAAGGUCAUGUGUCCAGAACACUACAAAGAAAAGAAAGUUGAACCAAGCGACGUGUGCGGUUGUCCCUUAGUGGAUGAACAUUUAAAAGAAACUUCAAAAUAUUGUCGUAUUCCAAGAAAGAAGUGUACCAGACAUGUAGCAUGGGAAAGACUGAGACGUGGAGAGAUCGACCUAAAAAGAGUUCACCAGUGGUGGAAGUUAGAAGAAUCCUAUGAACAAGAGCGUCAGUUGCGACUGGAAAUUUCGAACAGAAACAACGUCCUCGGCGUCAUGCUCAAUAACACAUAUGAUCACUCGAAUGACGCAUCUACUGAACUAGAUAACAAGAGCGAUGUCGCGAAAACAAAAGCCAGUGGGCUUGAUAACGUUCAAAAAACAGGACUCAUGGAUAUGGAGAGAAAUAUUGAUGACAAGAAAGAUAGAGAGAAUGUGAAACACGAUGAAACAGAUGCAAGUGGUUUGUUGCAAACAUAGGUAUUUUAAAACGACUGUGAUUUAUUUUUAAGACGAGAAAUAAUGUGUGGCAAUUUAUUUUUUAAGUAAAACACAUUUGUGAGCCUGCGCUGUUUUGAUUAAAUUAAGGACCAACGAACCUUUAAUUUCGUUCAAACUGAGGACUAGUAAACCUGAGUUUAGUUUUUCUCAACACGAAUAGUUUAUUGAUACACUUGUGUAUCACGGGACAGGGGAAUCUAAAAUUUAUUGUUCUGUUCUAUUCCAUUCUAUUCUGUUUUAUAUUGUUCCUUUUCUAAAAUGAAGACCAACGAACCUGGGACCAUAAAUUUGUUUUGAGAAUGACAUUCGUUAAUCUGCAAUAGAAAAUAUUGUUCGACGUAUCUGUGAUUUUGUUUUCUUUUACACAAACGCUUGAAUUUUGUUUCUUUUUUAUUUUCUUCCUUAUUUUGUUAACAUGGGAGGCUCGGUUUACAUUCUUCUGUUGACGUGGAAGGCUCGGUUUGCAUUCUUGUUUCCGUAAUUAAAGGUAACAUUGAAGUUGUGGAAUUUGAGUUGCCUCUUCUUAACUUGUCUCUUCUUAACUUGUCUCUUCUAAGCUUCGCCCUCUAACGCCCUUACAACGCCCGUUUUUCGUCAUAUUUUAUUUAUUUAAAAAUAGACUUCGACAUACGUGUGUAUAUAUAUAGAUAAGUGUAAAUAUUGUAUUAUGGAUAUUAUUUUUAUGUUAAACCUACCGAGAAUCGCACAAAA